UUUCCUGUAGAGAAGCAUAUAUUGUUUUCUUCGAUGCAUUUAUCCAUAAAGAUCGCAGAAUAAUGGCAAGGGCAUUUGAUCGAUCAAGAAGUCAUUCUCCAGUGAAUAUCAUAUCAAUAGAUAUUGGAACAACCACGAUUGCUGGCCAUCAUUUUGACAGCUCAGGAAUCUCUCUUUACCACACUUCACGAAAGGUUGAGCUUCUUUAUCCCCAGCCAGGAGGGGUUGAGUUAGACCCAGAUGUGUUAUGGGAACAGUUUGUUGAUGUUAUUACCGAGGUUAUGGAAGCAUCAAAUCUUCAAGCAGAAGAUGUGACAGCCUUAGGAAUCUCCACCAUGAGAGGAACAUUUAUAACUUGGGACAGAAAGACUGGUAAACCAUACCACAACUUUAUCAGCUGGCAGGAUAUGAGGGCUGGACAUUGUGUUGAGAGUUGGAAUAAAUCUCUUACCCUUAAGAGUUUGAAUGUAGGGUCUAAAUUUCUUCACAUGAUCUCAAGACAAAAGAAAUACUUGGCUGGAAGCGUCAUCAGCUUUUCAACUCAACAUACAUCAAUUAGGCUUCACUGGUUGUUCAAGACCCAUCCAGAUCUUGCUAAAAAGGCAGAUCUUGGUAACUUAGCAUUUGGAACAAUUGACUCCUGGCUUAUCUGGAAACUAACAAAAGGUCAGCUUCAUGUGACAGAUUACUCCAAUGCAAGCGGUACAGGGAUGUUUGAUCCUUUUAUUAUGGAAUGGAGCUCAAUAAUGACAAGUCUUUUGAGUGUACCACUAUCAAUCUUUCCAAAAGUAGUUGAUACCAGCGGUCUCAUUUGUGAGAGUCAUAAAGCUAUCUUUGGUGCUCCAAUACCUGUACGGGCCUUGGUUGCAGACCAACAGGCCGCGGUGUUUGGACAGUGUUGUUUUGACGCAGGGGAUGUAAAUUGUACAAUGGGAACGGGAUCGUUUAUAGAUAUAAAUACAGGCCCGUAUCCGCAUGCGUCUGUGGCAGGACUUUAUCCAAUUGUCGGAUGGAAGAUAGGAGGGGAGACUGUUUAUUUAGCAGAGGGCAAUGCUGCAGGCUGUGGAACAGCCAUGGAAUGGGCCCACAGCAUGGGCUUUUACGACGAUGUCUCGCAGACGAGCGACAUGGCUUUUUCUGUGGAAACUUCAGGUGGAGUUUACUUUGUUCCCGCUUUCAAUGGAUUACAAGCUCCAAUUAAUGACAACAAAGCUUGUGUUUCACUGAUGGGAAUAAAAUCCACCACCAACAAAGCUCACAUCAUGAGAGCUAUUUUGGAAUCUAUAGCAUUCAGGUUUACUCAGCUGUAUGAAACUGUGGUGGAAGAGACGCACAUUCCACUAAUGUCUUCAGUCAAAGUUGACGGCGGAAUUUCUAACAACGACUUUGUACUGGAAUUAAUGAGCAGUUUAACGUGCCAGACGAUAGACCGACCCUCUCAGACUGACAUGUCCACAUUAGGUGCAGCCUUCUUGGCUGGUCUCUCAGCUGGAGUUUGGAAAUCACGUGACGAGUUGAAAGCAAUCCGUUGUUCCCAGGCCCUCUUUCAACCGAAAGCUUCCAUCCGGGAUAAAUUCCUGAAGAAUUUUGACGAAUGGAAAGAGGCGCUGCACAGGAGUAUGAAUUGGUACAAAUGGGACUGAUUUUCUCUUGGUACAGCAGAGAAUUUCGUCUUGUUUUAUUUCAUCGUAAAUAGCUUAUAGUAUUAAAACUGUUACUAUUUGCGGCUGAGUUACGCGGGUAGCUAUAGUGAAGCAUAUUAGGCUAUAUAAACUAUUUGACCCUUGAACUCUCAAAAGUGAUUAACAUGUUACUUCUCCCCAUAAUAUUCAUACAUUAUUCAGCAAACAGGUAGUGAGAAUACUCAAACUUAUAAAGUAGAAGUUGUUAUCUUGAUCUAGCACCAAAUUCUCGUGACAAGUUUUACAA